AUGUCCGUCGCAAGUGUGUGCAAACUCGGAACUUGUCCACUCGAAUAUGGAAUGGCUAAGCUUCCCGGUCGUCGGUUCAAUCCUGUUUAUCUUGAUUGUGGGAGAGUACGCUUUGAAAGUAAAGAGUGA